GCUAAACUGGAGUCGCUGGGCCUGGACUGUGACGUGAUCGAAGACCUCUUUGACGUGUUGGAUGCCGACGGAAGCGAUGAUGUUUCAGAGGCAGAGAUGUUGAAUGGCGUGGAGAUAUUGCUGGAGCUUGCCAAAGGGCUGCUGGGCUGCCAUGUUGGUGUCUCCAAUGACGGGCGGUAA